AUGAGUAAAAUUAGGGGCCUCCCUCCUGCGGUCAGAGACCCGGGCCCUGGAGUGGAACUUGGAGUAGAAGAUGGCCUUCUCUGUCAACUCAUUCAUUCUCCAGAAUUCAACUUGUUCUCUGACUCAGUGGUGUUUGAAAGCACCUUCAUCCAGGUCACUAAGCAAGGAAACUGGAUGGAUGCCUAUGAAAAAUCUGCCACCAUGAUCAUCGGGGUAACCUCCUCCGUGCCCUCCUUGCCACUCCCCAACAUCCUCCUAAUGGCCAAUGUCACCUGGCCUCACGGUCCGUUAUCCACCUGUGGCACACCUGGUGCCCCUGUCAUCACACUCAGCAGGAUCCUUCCCCUGAAGUAUGUGGAACUCCAGAUCUAUGACCACACCAAGCGCAUCCUUCGGGUUAGGACAGUGACGGAGAAGAUCUACUACCUGAGGCUCCACGAGAAACAUCCACAGGCCGUGUUUCAGUUCUGGAUCCGCUUGGUGAAAAUUUUGCAGAAAGGUCUGUCUAUCACCACCAAAGACCCGAGAAUCCAGUUCACUCACUGCCUGGUGCCCAAGAUACCCAACUCCUCCAUUGCAACAACACCUGAAAGCAGCGUGCCAGCAUCCUCCCAGACCAGUGAGACUGUAAUGCUGCUGGCGGCUGAGCAGACCAGCGGCAGUCUCUUAGGGCUCUCAAAAAGACACCAGCUCACGGGAGACAGACACCCUGAGACUACUAUAGAAAUCGACAAGUCCAACAGCUGCAAGACACCCCCACUGGUGGCAUCUUCAGUUAAUAUGCCCAUGAGAGCUACUUUGACCCACAGCCUCUGGGAACAAGAGAACCCAAAUGAGAGCUUCCUGCAGGUUCCUGUAGCCAGCUCCUUAGGAGAGAACUUUUUGGGACCCUAA